CGUAGAGCUUAUAAUCCUUUAACUACACACUAUAUCACUUCAGAAAUAGCAUGUUCAUAUAAUGCAGAAAGUUCAAGGCACAUUGGUAUUCAAAAAGCAUUAGAAUUCAGGACAAUAUUGUCUGUAUAUGGUGAAUUAUAUAAAGGAAAUAACAUGGUUCAAAUUUUGACCUCAGAAAUUGAAUGGAACUAUACUUACUCAACAAAUAAAAUACAGCAAACAAAAGUAAUAGUUAAUGAAAAUAAUGAACAUUCUGAAGAACAAAAUCCUACCAAAGAAAGUGAAAAUAAAACCCCAAAAGAGAAUGAUGAUAAUAUUAAUUCGAAAUCAAAUAU